AUGCCGAUAAUGUAUUGUGGAAGUGAAGACGAAUCGAUAAAAGAUAUAGUAAAAGAAGUUAUCGAUAUGCUCUGCACGUUGGAAACUGAUAUCGUGAUAGCGACGAAUGAUUAUGAGGAUGCCAAGAAACCCACCUGUUCCAGUAGCAAAGAUGUUGCCGUGGAUUCAUUAUCUGUGAAUGAGGAGAGUGAUGACAACUGGACAGCGAGAUAUUAUCGUAUAGGUAUCGCUGCCUUCCUUAAGCAGGAAUCUCGAUUGCAUAGUGUAUCUUCCAGAAAAAGGAACGUGGGUGCACUCUCAGAAAAAAGCACUGGUAAUAUUUCUUCAACUAAUAUUACGAGUCGAAAGACCGAUGAUGAUCAGAAAAUACCAAGAAAGAUUGCUCGAUUGCAGUAUUCAAAUUUCAAAGAGGUGUUUAGGGAGAGGGAACUCUUCGUAACGAAGGCUCUUGAUUACGGUUUCAGUAUGUCUGACUCGUGCAAUAAUUACUUAAAAAGCUGUAAAUGGAGCAAUUCGGGUAGUUAUUUAGCUACGGCUAAUCAGGAUAGAAUAGCUCGGAUAUUUCACUUUGAUCCUCAAAAGCUCGAGGUGAAACUGAAAUCUUCGAUGGGUAUGGGUGACUUGAUCUAUGAUUCAUGCUGGCAUCCGACUAGUGACUGGCUUGUAACAAGUAGCAAAGACCAUCCGAUCCAUGUGUGGGAUUCAGACGGAAGACGGUUGACAACAUUUCGUGGCAUUAAUAAUCUGGAUGAGUUGGACAAUGCCCAUUCAUUGUGUUUUACUACUGACGGAUCCUGUUUGUAUGCUGGUUACAAAAGCAGCAUUAGGAAAUUUGAUAUGAAUCGCCCUGGGCAUCAAGUUUCCGAACUAACUACAUGGAAUAAAGAGUUGAAGGGGCAGAAGGGUAUUAUCUCAUGCAUUGCUGUCAGUCCUAUAUUACCGACGAAUUAUGCCGCUGGGUCAUAUGGCAAAACAGUUGGUUUUUAUUCGGACUAUUCACCAAGUGUGGAAUGCAUGUUCGAAUGCCCAUUAGCAGUAACCUUACUCCGCUAUACUCCCGAUGGCAAUUUCGUACUGACAGCGGGAAGAAAGGAUGAUGAUAUUAUAUGCUGGGACUUACGAUAUCCUGGAAAAAUAUACAGUUCAUAUAGACGACCUUCUAAAACCAAUCAGCGCAUCUACUUUGACAUAGACAGUUCAGGAACAUAUCUCUUCAGUGGCAGUAGCAACGGUGAAUUAUACAUCUUCGAUUUGAAAUGCGCUAGCAGUGAUGAACCGCUAUCUCCAUGCGUUCGAUUGCCGGCGCAUAAUUCAGCACUGUGUGGUGUAAGCAUCCAUAAGGAAUGGCCAAUUGUAGCCACUUGCAGUGGACAGAGAGUCUUUCCUUUCCCUGAGCUGGACCAAAUGGAUGAUAUUGAUCCAGAAUAUACAUAUGAAGAUACAAAUUCACCAGAUCUUCUGGACAAUUCUUUAGUGUUAUGGUCCUUUGAUCAAUAA